AUGGGUCUAAGACACUUUCCUGCUGAAACAUCCACCACUAGUGCAGCAGAAACAUCUACAACAACAGAGACCUCCUCAAUCACACCAACGACUCCUGAAUCAUCCACCACUACUGCAGCAGAAUCAUCUACAACAACUGAGACUUCCACGAUCAAAACAACUGCUGAAACAUCCACCACUAGUGAAGUAGAAACAUCUACAACGACAGAGACUUCCACGAUCACAACAACUGCUCCUGAAACAUCCGCCACUAGUGAAACGAUCACAACAACUGCUCCUGAAACAUCCACCACUAGUGCAGCAGAA